AAGAGGGAAGCGCCGCGCUGCUCUGAACACACGACAGAGAGGACUUCCUUCUGGGAUUUUAGCGAAUAGAAAGUACACCCGGCGAAGUAAAAUGGCUCGUUUAAGUCAGAUAUAAUAUUGCGAAAACGAAAAUGGCGAAAUAUGUCGAGGAAAGCUUCGUAGUGUCCGGUUUGUUCACCAGAAAGUAACGGUAAUCUGGACAAGCAACUCGGCGAGGUCCGAAAAAGAAGACUCAAACGAAGCCAAAUUCAGCGGUGACUAAUACUUGGUUUUAGCUUUUUAAUUUUUAGUCAACCUGUGAGGGGUUUUUUUCCGCGCUAGUUUACUACUCUUACGAACAGAUAUGGACCGAGGCGGCUGCCAAAUGAGUGGCGGCGGCGGAGGAGGUGGUGGUGACCGCAGCGGGCCCGAGCAACCCGGGAUGAUCACGCUGGAGGACCUGGAGUCUUUCUCGGAAGACCAUCUGUCAGACUCGGGCAACGGCAGCCUCGAAGAAGAGGCAGAAACCAUGGAGGAGGACGACGACCGACUGCUGCAAUACUGGCAGGACGUAGCGAGGGGACACCAAGUGGAAGUUUCUCACGAUAUGGCAGAGCCCAUUCAACAGCUAACCAGCAACAACCAAGGGCGCAGUCACAGAGAACAAGUCCCUUUCACCCUCCUCGCACGCAAAGAUAAGUGUGGGGAGCUGCUGUAUGAGAAACGCCAGUACGAAAAGGGCCACUGGGCUUGCAUAACAAUGCGUGAGGAGACUUAUGAACAGAGCAUCUGCUAUGGUUUUAUGAGGCUAAUGAAAUACAUCUGCCAGCAGAACUCCUUCGGUGACUACCUGGGUAUGACUCUCCCCAUCGUCACAGUGGUGCGCACAGAUGAAAACCAUUCUGUGGUCUCCAGUGACGUCACUGUGGCAUAUUUCCUUCCUGCUGAGCAUCAGGCCCAGCCCCCACUACCUACUGACAGCGAGAUCCUCAUAGAGAUCUGGCCCACCACUACUGUAUACACAAGGGCCUUUACCGGUCCCACCAACGAAGUGACCAUCAUUAAUCAGAUCAAUGCCCUGGCCGAGCUUCUAGACUCUCCUGGUGUGUGUGUCAACAACUCCUUCAUCGUGGCCGGCUACACCAACCCUGCUCACAGCAACCGCCAGAAUGAGAUCUGGUUCCUAGAGCGACCCUGAGGAACCAGAGGAUUAAGCAGCAUCCUAUCUAUGACCCUUGAGCCUCAUAAAGACUCCCUUAACACUGCCACAGCCCAGCUACAGCCUCAGAUGCAACGUUUUCUUUAUUCACCGCCUCUACCUGAAACAACCACCAGCUCAGCACCCUCCAGACCAGUCAGGGCCUGAAAAAAAAACUCGACCCUUACUUAACCCUCAGUGAAUUUUCAUUCAUGUCUAUUUAAAUAGAUCCUCAUCUCACCCAUAAGAACUGAACCAAACCUCUGCCAUAUUUUCAUGGACACAGCCCAGACGCUAAGGUGCAGCAUAGCAUUCAUCUCCUGCUCCUACACUGAGAUGGCUGAAAACAUUACCUGAGCACAGUGCCCUCUUGUUUAAAGUUGAAAUAGUUUUUACUCUUAGCGCUCGGUGAACGUGGUGACCAUUGAGUGCUGUCCGAAACAUGCAACAGCCUAUCUUAAGACAGUGGAAGCAGGCUCCCAGUAGACACGCAGCCUUAUCUAUACGCUCAGUUUCUGUUUGUUGCACAGCUACAACGUCUUGUCAUGUGGGGUAAAGGUCCAUGCACAACAGAAAAAACAGCUUCUCUGUUAUUCUCUAGCUUGCGGAGGUGAUUGCACAGUUGAUCCGCUCGAUGCCAGUCACGCUGCAUAAACAGUUAUUUUGAUCCAACAAUAAGUGCAAUAUUUACCAUAUAGCAAACAGUCAACAAGCCAGGUAUUACAGUUGCUGGGCCACUAACCUAACCCAAUCCAAGGAUGUGCUCGGUGGCUGGUAAUGGUGGGUUGGGGGGGGUGGCUGCAGCAUAAAACACAACCCAAUCCAACAUCAAGACCAGAACUGGUGGCUUUGACCAUAAAUAAGCUCUCUUAGGAAACACCUAUGAACACAUGGUUCAUGGGUGUUUGCAUGAAUGUACAGGGAGAAGGUAAAAACAAGUGUCACACUUACUUACACAAACCAAAUGCUGAAAACAGAUUUUACUGCUGAAUGACAAUCAUAAAGCACUUACAUAUUAUAUUCAUCCUUUUCUCUUUCAGCAACUCAGUGCAUUCCUCAUGUUUCAAGUCUUUUCACACACAGGAAUAAUUACCUCUGGACCUCUUUCUCAUGCUCUUUCUACUUGCCACUCUGUGUCAAUGUUAGUGAGUAUGCAUUCGCUCAUCUAUGUACCACUGCUGCUGAGUAGAGACAAUGCAACCAAGAAAAGACAGAGCGCAGACAGUACCUCUACUGUGACUACCUGUUUUUUUAAAUAGAAAAAAAGCGACAUUCUGUUUUAGUUAAAACUGUUUUUUCAUCUUCUGUCACCAAUCUAAAGAGAGUCCGUAAAUUCAUAGUGAAAGAAGUAUGUAUCUUUAUCUCAUAUGCAACAUACACAAGUGAUAUGCAUCAAACCAGCUACACCUAGAGUUCAGAGUGAUACAGUAGUAGGAAAUGUACUAGCCAAAUCAUCACUGUGUGAGGAUUUUUAUCAGGACAGGGGCAUCCUUUGAAUGUUUAGGCAGGGAGUUAUUGAGGCAGUUUAAAUAUGUAUAAAAUUAAAAGUGAAAUUUUGAGCUCUAAUUGUGAGAGUUGUUUCAUCUUAUUUGCUUCACAAGAAAAGGUAAAACAAAGAAAUAAAUGGUCAGGAAAGUUAGUAUUGGGUAGGAAGGUUGCCCAGUCUUAAAGUUAAGCAGUUUGGUUGACAUCAAAUGACACCAAAUCCAAAGAAUUUUAUUUCUCAUGAAAUGAUAAUAGAGUCGUAGAGAUCUGAUACUCUAUGACAACUAUAGUGUGUAAACCACUUGCAAAGCCAUGAUACAUGUGGGUUGGUUUCCCUUUAAGAGCUUGGUUAUAUGGGAACAUUAAGUGUGAUUUAACUUUUUCUUUUCUCUUUGCCGUUUUUUUCUUUUUUUUAGUAUUUUGCAAACGUGUGCUGUACUGUGAAAAUUCAAGUGCAACAACAAGAGCUACUGUGGUUUUCUUUGUUCAAUUAAAAUGUGCUUGUCUCC